GAAUUUGCCUGCUGUUAUUUCCCUGCUGUGUGUAAAAGCCUCGAUGCACUGAACUGCACAGGGCUAAAGGGCUGCUUGUUAACAGACUUUCUGUUUGUUUUUUUUAUUGUUGUUUUCAAUCGAGGGUCUUUUUGUGCAUAGCAGGCGCUUGCAAUAAUGUCCAGGAGGCGACAUAGCGAUGAGAAUGACGGGGGCCAAGCUCAUAAAAGGAGAAGAACAUCUGAGCCCAUUGAGAUUGAAGAUCGCCUGGAAUCUCUAAUAUGUCGUGUAGGAGAAAAGAGUACUUCUUCUCUUGAGAGCAACCUCGAGGGUCUGGCAGGCGUCCUGGAGGCUGAUCUUCCAAAUUAUAAAAACAAAAUCCUGCGCAUUCUGUGUUCUGUCGCUCGCCUGCUGCCGGAGAAGCUCACCGUGUACACUACUUUGGUCGGCCUCCUCAACGCCAGAAACUACAACUUUGGUGGCGAGUUUGUGGAGGCGAUGAUCAGGCAGCUGAAGGAGACCUUGAAAAACAACUUGUACAAUGAAGCAGUUUACUUGGUGCGCUUUCUGUCUGAUUUGGUCAACUGUCAUGUCAUCGCUGCUCCAUCCAUGGUGGUACUGUUUGAAAAUUUUGUCAGUGUUACCCAGGAGGAAGACGUCCCACAGGUUCGGUCGGACUGGUUUGUCUAUGUCGUCUUGUCCUGCCUUCCUUGGGUCGGUAAGGAGCUUUAUGAGAAGAAGGACGUAGAGAUGGACCGGCUCCUCGGACAGAUUGAAGGCUACCUCAAGAGGAGGGUGAAGACUCAUGUCCCCAUGCUGCAGGUGUGGACAGCAGAGAAGCCCCAUCCACAGGAGGAGUACCUGGACUGUCUGUGGGCCCAGAUUCAGAAGCUGAAGAAAGACCGCUGGCAGGAGCGCCACAUUCUUCGUCCAUACAUCGCUUUCGACAGCGUGCUCUGUGAGGCCCUGCAGCACAAUCUGCCCCCCUUCACUCCGCCAGGACACAUGCCUGACGCCCAGUACCCCAUUCCCCGGGUCAUCUUCCGCAUGUUUGACUACACCGAUGCCCCAGAGGGUCCCGUCAUGCCUGGCAGUCAUUCUGUGGAGAGAUUUGUGAUCGAAGAGAAUCUGCACUGUAUUAUGAAAACUCACUGGAGAGAAAGGAAAACCUGUGCUGCCCAGUUACUCAGUUACCCUGGAAAGAAUAAGAUCCCACUUAACUAUCACAUCGUGGAGGUGAUCUUUGGAGAACUUUUCCAGCUGCCAAUGCCGCCCCAGAUCGAUGUUAUGUACACCACACUUCUCAUUGAACUCUGCAAACUGCAGCCGGGGUCGCUCCCUCAAGUUCUGGCCCAGGCCACAGAGAUGCUUUACAUGAGACUGGAUACAAUGAACACCACCUGCAUAGACAGAUUCAUCAACUGGUUUGCCCAUCAUCUGAGCAAUUUCCAGUUUCGAUGGAGCUGGGAUGACUGGGCGGAUUGUUUGACUAUGGAUCUAGACAAACCGAAGCCCAAGUUUGUCAAAGAGGUUCUGGAGAAAUCUAUGAGGCUUUCAUACCAUCAGAGGAUCGUGGACAUCGUCCCUCCAACUUUCUCGGCGCUCAUCCCUGCUGAUCCCAUCUUUUCUUUCAAAUAUGAUGACGAGAGUGGCUCUUCUUUACCAGGUUACCCAGUUUCUGUUCUGGUUUCCAACGCUAUAAAGAACCGAGCUUCCAACGAAGAAAUCCUUACCAUUCUCAAAGAAGUCCCCAACCCCAACCAGGAGGAGGAUGAUGAUGAGGGUGAAACCUUCAACCCACUGAAGAUCGACGUCUUUCUGCAAACCCUUCUCCACCUGGCUGCUAAAUCCUUUAGCCACUCCUUCAGUGCGCUUGGCAAAUUUCAUGAGAUCCUUAAAGCCCUGACAGAAAGUGACGAUGGGAAGCUGCAUAUCCUAAAAGUGGUUUAUGAAGUGUGGAGGAACCACCCACAGAUGAUCGCUGUGUUGGUGGAUAAAAUGAUUCGGACGCAGAUCGUGGAUUGUGCUGCUGUCGCAAACUGGCUCUUCUCUCAGGACAUGGCUCACGAGUUCACCAGACUUUUCAUCUGGGAGAUCCUGCACUCGACCAUCCGAAAGAUGAACAAACACGUGCAGAAGAUCCAGAAGGAGCUGGAAGAAGCUAAAGAAAAACUGGAGAAGCAGCAGCACAAGAGGCGUGACAGCGGGGACGAUGAGGACAUGGAGAAAAACAGCGAGGAGGACGAUGAAGGUCAGCUGGAGGAGCAGAUCGAGAGGCUGCAGGAGAAGGUGGAGUCUGCUCAGAGUGAGCAGAAAAACCUCUUCCUCGUCAUCUUCCAGCGUUUCAUCAUGUUACUGACUGAGCAUCUGGUUCGCUGUGAGACAGGCAGCGUCGACAUCAGCACACCCUGGUAUAAAAACUGCAUCGAGCGGCUGCAGCAGGUCUUCCUCAUGCACCAUGGGACCAUCCAGCAGUACAUGGGAACUCUGGAGAACCUGCUGUUCACCGCUGAGCUCGACCACCACAUCCUGGCUGUCUACCAGCAGUUCUGCGCCCUGCAGCUCUGAGAUGAAACUCAACGAUCUGAUGAAAUUCUUGUUCACACAUUAUUGAAGAAAGUGACUGGUUAAGAACUACCAGCUCUUGCAUCAAGAUUUAUUUUUUAUUUUACUGUUUUGUGAUCAGUGCCAUUGUGGUCAGUCACAUGCAGCCCUAACUGAGUACUUCUCAGAUUAAGAAUCAAGCAGGACUCUUUCAUUAGUUUAUACAUGGUUCUUUUUAUUUUCUUGUUUUUCAUGCUUUUCGUUUAGUUGUUCUUUUACCUCCUGCUCAUGUUCUUAUGAUGGAUAUUUUUUAAAGCAAAUGAAAUGUAUAAGUCCUGGAGAAACAUUCAUAGGAGAGGGAACCGAAUCCAGAUAAUGCUCUACUUUUUUAUAUUUGUUUUAUGUGGAAUUAGGAAGUAAAUAAAACU